UAAAGUUGCAUAAAUUGACCUUAAUUUUUGUUUGAAGGUACUAUUAGGAGCAACAACAAUGGCUUCCUCCAAAAAACCACUAUCUGAAAACCAAACCCCAACCACUCAAAUCAAGAAGAAGAAGAAGAAGAAUGAUACCACUACUGCCAAUCCCAAGAAGAACGACAAGGCCAAGACCAAUGGCACCCUGAAAAACCACGACCAGCCUCCGUCUACUCCAUCCUCAACCUCCGAUUCUCAUCCCGAGGUUGAGAAUGGCAGCGUUCUCAUCACCAAAAAUCUCACAACUUCUACUCCUACCAAAUCCAGUAAUGGGAAACAGAAGAAGCAGAAGAAACGAGAACGAAAGGAAGAGCCCGAAGAGAGCGAGGACGCGAAGAUGAAUAAGUUUCCCAUGGAGCGUAUUAGGAGGAUUGUUAGGAGCGAUGAUCCAGAUAUGCGUAUCUCUAAUGAAGCUGUUUUUUUGGUUAAUAAAGCUACGGAGAAGUUUAUUGAAAAAUUCUGUGGCGAUGCACAUGCUUGUGCUAUUAAGGAUCGUAAGAAGGCUCUUGCUUACAAACACCUCUCAUCAGUUGUGAGCAAACGGAAGAGAUACGAUUUUCUUUCAGAUUUUGUACCUGAGAAAGUAAAAGCUGUGGAUGCUUUGGCCGAAAGAAAGUUAUUGGAGGCUGAAGCAGCUUAGUAGUAACUGGAAAACAAAUUAACUAACUGAUAAGGAAAGCAUGCCAUUCUUUGAGCCUUGAGGACAAAAUAGAGAGCUGGUUUGCUAGAGAGUCUCACUUCCGAUGACGGGGGACAGCAGGAAGCGGUUGAAGGCGUACUUGGUACAAAUUUGCCCAAAUUUUAUAGUUAUCAAACUAACUUUUCUGUUUUGUUUGCUACCUAGUGAUUAGGAAGCACUCUCGUUGUGUUCUUGUACUAUUAUUGUUGUUAGUAUACUCUGUCAGGAGCUGAACUCAUUAGUGAAAUACCAUUUGUCUUUUUA